GGGGACAUCCGGUCCCCCUCCUGUCACCCACUUCCCAGUGGGCGUUAUCAGUGGGGGACACUCGCUGGGGACAACGGUGCCACCAGAGGGACCAUGUACGGCAACGUGGAGGUGCUGGGACCUGGAGAAGCCUGCAGCGACUCGUGUCCCACGGAGGAGAACCUCUACGAACCCUUAGACCCUCCAACCACCAUCCCAAGCCAGAAGAGUCCACCUGAGCCCCGCGGCACUGCAUGGUCCUCUCCAACUGGACCGAAGCAGACGGUGGGGAAAGCCGGCGCCACCCGGGGCUCCAUCCCCGCUCUGCCACCGUCCCCAAAGCCCUGGAGCUCCUCCCAGAAGAAGCUGGUGCUGGUGGGCACGGUGGCUUUGGGGGUCUCGGUGCUGGUGAACGUCGUGCUGCUCACCGUCGGCUCGCGGCACGUUGCAGUCCUGAGGGAGGAGCUGGAAGCGGAGAAGGAGAAGGAGCGGCUGAAUGAGGCCUCCCGCUCCUUUCUGCUGUACAACGAGCACCACCGCAAGUGCGUGGAGGCCCAGGGGCUCCAGUUGACGGCCACCACCUGCCGCCCCAACUCCAUGGCCCAACGCUUCCAGUGGUUACCGGGAGGGCGGCUGAGGAACCAACAAAGCCACCGCUGUGCCGCGGCCGCCCACGGGCAGAACCUGUCCCUCGUCCGGCUGGAGCCGUGCCGGGCGGACAACGCGCUGCAGCGGUGGGAAUGCCGUGGUGGGGGACUCUUGGCCCUCGCCGGUUACGAUCUCUACUUCAAUUACGGCAACAACGUAAAGCAGACGGUGAUGCUCUACACCGGCGACCGCGAGUGGAGCCGUUGGGUCAUCCACGGCAGCAAAGCCGACGUCUGCUCCCACUCCUGUUGUCCCCCUUGCUCCAAAGGCUGGAUCUACUUCAGGAAUUCCUGCUAUUUCCACUCCACCAUGACGAGUUCCUGGGCGGACGCUCAGCGCUUCUGCUCGGCCCUGGGCGCGCAGCUCCUGGAGGUGGACGACCCCGAGGAGAAGGAGCUCAUGCAGAGCACCCUCCGAGGCUCCUCCUGGCUCGGCAUCAGGGAUGAAGACCUCGAGGGCACCUGGAAACGAGCCGACGGCACUGUCCUCUCUCGGCAGAGCAGCUGGUGGCACAGGAACGAACCCAACGGGGAGCGCCAGGAGAACUGCGCGGCCGUGAGGGCGGACGGCGAGUGGUACGACUUCCCGUGCACGAGCGAGCUCGCCUGGGUGUGCGAGGGCCCCCCCUGAAGAACCCCCCCAAAGGAAACCCCAACAC